GCAGUGGUGUUGGAGCGGAUGAAGGAAAAGUAUUUAUGAAAGCGAAAAAGUUCAAUAUUUUGGUGGCGACGAUUCGGAGUGCCAGGAGGAAAAAUCUAAUUUUCAAUCGGAAAAAGGUGUAAUUUCUGUGUAAAUACAAGUGUAAGAUUAUGCCGUUGUUAAACUGAAAGUGUACGCGUCGGUAGCGAAUGGCUAGCGGUACGCGAAAAAGCGGAAGUGCAGUGUGAAAGUGGUGUGCACACCAAAACGCAGAAGAAUAGAUAGAGGAGGAGUGCUGCAGAAAGUGUUUCUUUUGGAUUUUGUUGGUGCUGCUUGCCUAGCCCAUACCCCCAGCUAAGCCACCGAAGAAACCGCAAAGACGACGACGACGACGACAGCAGAAGACUAGAAAACGCAGGCAGCUCGGCAGAAAGUCGGGAAAAGUAGGACAAAAUCAUUUUCACUAGCAUUCGUAUUAGUUUUUGUCCAGUUGCCCAACGUUAGAAUAAUCGCAACAUGACGUCAGUGCAGAGUCAGGAAGACCUGGAAGCGCGCAUAGCGCGCAUCAAGAAACGCAACGAAGAAAUCGAGAAGAAACAUCGUGAAGCAGAAGCGGACCGACUGAUGGCGAUGAAGGAAAAUGCGAUGGUAGAGAUCAAACCUCCCAAGGAUGACGACUGGCCACGGGAACACAAGUACGACAAGAUUGAUUUCACAUACGAUCUGGAUGAGGAAGCCCUCGCUGAACUCGAAGAGAAAAAGAAAGAGAAGAACGCGUUCAUCCAGAAGAUUGCUAAAGACUACAAAGUUUUCGCCGAAGGUGAAGGCCCUCCACCGGAUCCAGCGUACAGCUUUCUAGCGGAUGUGGAACGUGAUGGCGAAAAAGCACUCCCUGGACCCGUUGGCCCCGGUGCUAGUAAGGUCAACAAAAAUAACUUUGAACGUAAGAACCCAACCAAUCGAAGUGGUCGGCAGGGUAACGGUGGCAACAUUGGAAACGGUGGUAAUCGGGGUGGUGGCCGCGGUGGCGGCAAGACGAGUUACAAUGGUAAUCUCCAGAGGUCACUGUCGACCAAUGAGUACGAUGGGCGGCGACCGCCGGAACAUAUUCGACACGGUGCCGGCGGCGGCGGUAUCGGAUUCGGUCAUAAGCCGGGUGAUGGAAAGUGGCGUCGCGAUUGGGAACACGACAGAAGCAAAGAUGAUGGCUGCAUUCACAAUGCUCCGCAGAACAAUGGGUUCAAGGGUGAACCGAAUCUGACCGUAUCGGUAUCGCAGGAUGGAGAGUUUAAGAGCGUUAAAGUAACGUCCCCUCCAAUCAUUGGCAGUGGUCGGGUUGGCCCUCGUCAACCGGCGAAACCACAGUUCCAGUUCCAGACGGCAGGCAAUCAGCCGAUGGACCAUCACCACCAUCCACAUCACCAUCAGCAGUAUCAUCCUUCACAUGGCCAUCCAGCGCAGCAGCAUCAAGGAGGCGCUAAACAGCCACAUCACCGGAAUAAUGAGAAUUUCAAUAGAAAUUCCUCCGGUCGAAAAUCGGAUAAGGACGCGAAACGAGGCCAAAAACCCCCGGGACCGGGACAGCCGGCCACAAGCAAUAAACAAUCGUCGGCCGGGGUCAGUGUCCAGGAUCGGCUGAAUCGCAAUCGGGUGGUGAAUAUCGAUAGAAACGAUAACUCGAUCAAGGUCAGCACCAGCAACAACGGAAGCGAGACUGCUUCUCAACCGCAACCGAAGGCGAACGCCACGCUGAAGACGAUUUCGAAGAUUAUCGAAAAGAAUGCAGAAAUUGACGAAAAGUUGGCCCGGCAAAUGCACCAGGAAAACGAAAAGAUGGCCAACCGAAUGAAGGAACUGCGGAUGCAGGACGGGGCUUAGGAAAAAGAGGGGAAAGCUGAAUAUUGAGCUUUUUUGAAAUGUGAAACGAGAGCUGCGCUUAUGGUAGAAUCCUCUAAUCCAGAAGAGUUGUAGCGCUGCGCACACUAAACCAUAACAUUAUUAAAACACUACGAUAGUGCAAGAGAUGCAAACGAGAAGCUCACAUGCUCCCUAGAUUAUAUGCAACCGCUGCUGGAGGAAAAAAAACACUUCAUUACUAGUUGUAACACUGUAGAGAAGAGGGCAAGUUUGGAUUAAGUGCAUAGUUGGCAGCUUUCUAAGUAAUAACCUUCCUCAAAGAAGAAGAAGAAGAUAA